AUGGCACAGGAGACAUGCAGACACACUCGCUCGCUUUCAGGAUGCUCGCUUUGCCAUGCCGUCAAUCUCUUUUCUGGUUCUCCCAGUGCCACAGAUGGGUAUGCAAUCGAACGGGCUCUCGAAGCUGAGCGCGCUGCAUCCCUCAAGCCGUCCACCCCAGGUGGACAAAUCUCCCUCGACAACUCUCCAGAUUGCGAAGAGCCCGUUCUUAAAGACGGGACUCUCGUCAGCAACGAACCCCUCUCACCUAAUCCGAUGAGCAGUCCACCCCGCGGCGUGUGCGUCAGUAUUUUCUAA